GGGGAGCGAGAGAGACAGACGUAGGGGGAGAGAGAGGUGCAGUUGAGAGAGACAGCCUCUUAGAGCUGUGAGGCAGAAGUGAUGGAUUCAGCCCACAGAAAAGUGACAGUCUUCCCCUAACAGGCCACAGGCAGAACACAACUUGCCCUGGACUCUCACUUUUUAUCUGGAAACUACCUCCAUCAUUCACUUCAAGGUGCCAGUUGUCUCUUGAAAGUGGAAAUCUUUUCACAAGUGGAUUUUGGAACAAUCUGCUUAAUGUUGGCUCACUAGUGUCUGGCAGGUUGAGCUUCUGUUGGACUAAUGAUAGUUCUUUUAACAACAGGCUUGAGAAGGCAGGUACUCUUCACUCCUGGAAUGGACUAAGGUAACAGAGAGGCAGGCAGAGCACAUGGGAUGACUUUUUACCAGGAGAAACUUCAUUCAGCUCUGGAAGGAGAGCAAGGCAACUGAGGGAGCCUCAGCAACACUCUACACUUGUCUCGGUUUGGUAACUUUGGCAAAGACUCAUGGAGCCCCAUUCGAGGGUCCUGCUGGGGCUCCUUCUCAUUUUCGGACUAGUUUGUGGUAUCCAGAGGACGGAGGGGAGUCCAUCAGAUGAUACGGAUAAAACUCAACUAUUUCAGAGUAGUGAGGAUGAUAUAGAGAGAGAGUUUCUCUAUGCCGGAAGGAGCAAACGUGCUCCAGCUGAGCAGCCACAAGACAAGUGUUCCUACACUUUCAUUGUGCCUCAACAAAAAGUGACUGGAGCCAUUUGUGUCAACUCCAAAGAGCCAGAGGCCAUGCUGGAGAAUAGGGUCAAUAAACAAGAGUUAGAGCUGCUAAAUGUGGAGAUACAGAAACAGAAGAGGCAGAUCGAGACACUGCAGCAACUGGUAGAGGUGGAUGGUGGUAUCGUCAAUGAGGUCAAGCUUUUGAGGAAGGAGAGUCGAAACAUGAACUCCAGAGUCACUCAGCUUUACAUGCAGCUACUACAUGAGAUCAUCCGAAAGAGAGACAAUGCCCUGGAACUGGCUCAGAUGGAAAACAAGAUCCUGAACCAAACCUCUGAGAUGCAACAGCUCACUAAUCGAUACAAAGACCUUGAGCAUAAGUACCAACACUUGGCUUCUUUAGCCACUAACCAAUCAGCUAUCAUUGCUCUGUUGGAGGAGCAGUGCCAGAGUCGCCCCCCCCCACGCCAUGUACCCAUCUCCCAGCCACGGCCUCAGCCUCCCCCACUAUCACCACCUCUCAACAAGCCUCAUCAGCCACAGCCACAGCCGCCUGCGCUUCCUCGAACGAACAGCCCAAUCAGCAACGAGAUCCAGAGUGACCAAAAGUCUCUACCACCUCUUCUUCCCACAAUGCCCACUGGCACACACAGUCCGUCUACGACUGACAAACCCUCUGGCCCAUUCAAGGAUUGCCUGCAGGCUCUGGAGGACGGACACACUACCAGCGGCAUGUAUCUAGUAAAACCAGACAAUGCCAACCGUCUUAUGCAGGUGUGGUGUGACCAAAGGCAUGAUCCAGGUGGUUGGACUGUGAUUCAGAGAAGGCUGGAUGGCUCUGUCAACUUUUUCAGGAACUGGGAGACAUACAAGCAAGGUUUUGGCAAUAUCGAUGGAGAAUACUGGCUUGGGCUGGAGAACAUCUACUGGCUGACAAACCAGGGGAACUACAAACUGCUGGUCACAUUGGAGGACUGGUCUGGCAGGAAGGUGUUUGCAGAAUAUGCCAGCUUCAGAGUGGAACCUGAAGCGGACUUCUACAAGCUAAGAGUGGGUCGCUACCAUGGCAACGCUGGGGAUUCCCUCACUUGGCACAACGGCAAACAGUUCACAACACUGGACAGAGACCAUGAUGUGUAUACAGGUAACUGUGCCCACUACCAGAAGGGAGGGUGGUGGUAUAAUUCCUGUGCCCAUUCAAACUUGAAUGGAGUCUGGUACAGGGGAGGACACUACCGCAGCCGAUAUCAAGAUGGAGUCUACUGGGCAGAAUUCAGAGGGGGAGCUUAUUCGUUAAAGAAAGUGGUCAUGAUGAUCCGUCCAAAUCCCAACACGUUUCACUAAGAAGCCAAGAAACACACACAGUACUGUAGUGCAUAAUUCACAGAGCAAGACUCUUUGCAGCUCCUUACAGUAUGUCCACUCAAGGUACAUUGUUGGAAAAUUUCUCUUUACAUUUGACUCCGUAAUGAUGCACUUGUUCCUCAGGACUUUCAAAUACACUGUCGUUGUUAAAAAGGUAUGGUCUAGACAAAAGCCUGCUUAGUUGACAGUGAGACAAUAACAACCUAAUAACUUGACAGAAAAUGAGCAUAUUCAAAUGUUUCAGUUAACUUGAGAUCAAAACUCUGCGAUAUAUAUAUAUAGUUAUCUAUGUAAAGUUUUUUUCCAUGAACAAAUACAUGAAACUGACACAGGAAACAUAUCCAGUGACUUUUAAUUUGAUCUAACGUCAAAUCAAAUGUGCAAAUUAUAGGACCAGAAGCAUUUACAAUAUACUUAACACAGGGUUGAUAAUCUGACCAUACGAUGUCAUGAUAAUUUACAGUUAGAUAUCACCCAGUCCUACUUGCCCCCCACCCAAGUACUUAAAAUCUUGAAUUGCUUGAACAGGCAUACACCAAUUUGCUUGUAUGAACCAAGCACUGUAUUUACUGUAUAAAUUUAGUGGUUUGCUAAUGUCAACAUCCACAAUGCGUUUGUACAUAAGAUAUUUGUAAUAUAAUGUAUUAAAACCUGUUAUUUUACUUAUUAUGUUACAAUAAAGUAUGUACAGCUUCUA